GGCUUCCCUGGCGCGCACCCGCCAGCCCGCUCGCCCCCGGCCCCGGCUCCUCCUCCUCUUCUCGCCAUUGCAGUUGGUACUGGAGCAGCCCCGGCGUGUACCGAGUGGCUUUUUUUUUAAUUUUUGAGAGGGAGGUUAAAUACCCCGGUGGGCUGGUGGCCGGAGGGCGGCGGCGGCGGCGGCAGCUGAGAAAGGGGGACGCCGACAAGAUAGUUGAAGUAUUGAUAACACCAAGCAAAGCUGUCCCUGUUUGAAAAGAUAAGCCAGCUUGAUUCCCAGGCACUAGAGGAAAAGCAGGAAAAAUGGCAUUGUACCAUCAUCACUUCAUCACAAGAAGAAGAAGGUUUUCACAUUUCCAGCGUCCCAUGAGAAUUUUUGUGAAUGAUGAUCGCCAUGUGAUGGCAAAGCAUUCUUCAGUGUACCCAACACAAGAGGAGCUGGAGGCUGUGCAGAACAUGGUUUCCCACACUGAACGGGCCCUCAAGGCCGUAUCUGAUUGGAUUGACGAGCAGGAGAAGGGCAGCAGUGAACCCUCUGAUGCCGAAAAUAUGGAUGCGCCCCCCGAUGAUGAGAGCAAAGAAGGGACUGGGGAACAGAAGGCGGAACACAUGACUAGGACCCUGAGGGGUGUGAUGCGGGUCGGCCUGGUAGCCAAGGGUCUUCUGCUCAAGGGGGACCUGGAUCUGGAGCUGGUUCUGCUCUGUAAGGAGAAGCCCACAACUGCCCUUCUGGACAAGGUGGCUGACAACCUGGCCAUCCAGCUCACUACUGUAACAGAAGACAAGUAUGAAAUACUCCAGUCUGUGGAUGAUGCUGCGAUUGUGAUAAAAAACACAAAAGAGCCCCCUUUGUCCUUGACCAUCCACCUGACAUCCCCUGUUGUCAGAGAAGAAAUGGAGAAAGUAUUAGCUGGAGAAACGCUAUCAGUCAACGACCCCCCGGACGUUCUGGACAGGCAGAAAUGCCUUGCUGCCUUGGCGUCCCUCCGACACGCCAAGUGGUUCCAGGCCAGAGCCAAUGGGCUGAAGUCAUGCGUCAUUGUCAUCCGUGUCCUAAGGGACUUGUGUACCCGCGUGCCCACCUGGGGUCCCCUCAGAGGAUGGCCCCUGGAGCUGCUGUGUGAGAAAUCCAUUGGCACGGCCAACAGGCCGAUGGGUGCUGGCGAGGCCCUGCGGAGAGUGCUGGAGUGCCUGGCGUCCGGCAUCGUGAUGCCAGAUGGUUCUGGCAUUUAUGACCCUUGUGAAAAAGAAGCCACUGAUGCUAUUGGGCAUCUAGACAGACAGCAACGGGAAGAUAUCACACAGAGUGCGCAGCAUGCCCUGCGACUCGCUGCAUUUGGCCAGCUCCAUAAAGUCCUGGGGAUGGACCCCCUGCCUUCCAAGAUGCCCAAGAAACCAAAGAAUGAGAACCCAGUGGACUAUAUUGUUCAAAUUCCUCCUAGCACCACCUAUGCCAUCACACCCAUGAAACGCCCCAUGGAGGAGGAUGGGGAAGAGAAGUCCCCCAGUAAAAAGAAGAAGAAGAUCCAAAAGAAAGAAGAGAAGGCGGAGCCUCCCCAGGCAAUGAAUGCUCUGAUGAGGCUGAACCAGCUGAAGCCAGGCCUGCAGUAUAAGUUGGUCUCACAGACAGGCCCUGUCCACGCUCCUAUCUUCACUAUGUCUGUGGAGGUGGAUGGUAGUUCCUUUGAGGCCUCUGGACCAUCCAAAAAGACCGCCAAACUACACGUGGCCGUAAAGGUGUUACAGGACAUGGGCUUGCCAACAGGCGCUGAAGGCAGAGACUCAAGCAAAGGGGAGGACUCAGCUGAGGAGUCUGAUUUGAGGCCCACAGUAGUAGCUCCACCCCCUGUGGUAGAAGCUGUUUCAACCCCUAGUUCCACCUUCACUUCAGACACCACUGCUGAGGACGUCCAACAGCAGGGCCCAAUCUUGACUAAGCAUGGCAAGAACCCAGUUAUGGAGCUCAACGAGAAGAGGCGUGGCCUCAAAUAUGAGCUCAUUUCUGAGACCGGUGGCAGCCACGACAAGAGAUUUGUCAUGGAGGUUGAGGUGGAUGGACAGAAGUUUCAAGGUGCUGGUUCAAACAAAAAGGUGGCGAAGGCUUAUGCUGCCCUUGCUGCGUUGGAAAAACUUUUCCCAGAUGCCCCCCUCACCCUUGAAGCCAACAAGAAGAAAAGAACUCCAGUACCUGUCAGAGGUGGACCCAAAUUUGCUGCCAAACCACACAACCCUGGCUUUGGUAUGGGAGGCCCCAUGCACAAUGAAGUGCCUCCACCCCCUAAUCUCCGUGGCCGGGGUCGAGGGGGCAACAUCCGUGGCCGAGGGCGAGGGCGAGGAUUUGGUGGUGCCAACCAUGGAGGCUACAUGAAUGCAGGUACUGGGUAUGGCAGCUAUGGGUACGGCAGCAACUCUGCAACAGCGGGCUACAGUGACUUUUUCACAGACUGCUACGGCUAUCAUGAUUUUGGGUCUUCCUAGAGCGUCUAAAAGUAUUGCACACAAAAUCAACUUUUUACUCCAAUUUCCUCCAACUCCAAAACCCAAAGUGUCCGUGCUGUGUCCCUGUGCUUCACUGGGGUUCUCAACCGUGGCUUUCCACCGCAGCUUGUCUGAAACUCUUAGCCUGCAGACUUUAAGACAAUGGCAGUUUUUAUCCUGAAUUUGCCUUUGAACUUGGUCAUUUCGAAGUUCUUACACUAAGUGGAAAAACCCUUUUCUCAGAGAAUGUAUUUUUUUGUGCAGUCUUGCACAGAAUUCUAGAGCCAGCGUUGUUCAGCAUCAAGGCAAAAGCCCACCUUUGCUUUUUAUGGAAAGCGUUACUUUAUUUAAAGAGACAGAUAAUGAUGCAUUUGAAUCUACCUUUGUCUUAAUUUACAGCAGGUUUUGUAUGAAUUUUUAACCUUUCCACAAAUUCCCACAUCUGGUUGAUGCCUUUGACAGUAAUGAAAACUUUUCAGCACACCUGAAUCCAGAGCAAGCAACAUUUUUCUUUGUUUUUAACAAGUGUGUAAACUGCAGGACGGCGGGGAACUGUGCAUCACGCUAAGCCAACUCCUGCACCCUGUAACUAAUGCUCUGGUGGGUCCCUGUUGGGUGCAGUGAAUCUGUGACUGGUUUAGCUAGAGUGAACUCUCAAAGGUAUCAAAACUGCGCUUCCAUUACAUGCGAGAAACAAGACAGGCUUGAAGGGGGGCAGAAAAAGUGUGAAAUUUUGCAAGUCCUGAUGACAGCUGCAGAUGUGUGGACUUUGGGGUUGGUUUUUGGUUUUUACUGUGGGGCUUUAAUACUGAGUAGGAAGAGCCAGCACAUUCCAGAUUGUUUUUCCAGCAAAGAGCUGCCUUUGGUCUUGCUGAGACCUGCACUGCCAGGCAGGCUACCACAGACUCCUGGAAGCUUCUUCCUCUAUAUAAAGGUGUAAGGCCCUCAGGGCUGUUCCUGGAGACCCCUCCUGUCCAGUGAGGAGCCCCCCCGGGUCCUGUGGCUCUGGCCUCUGCCUGGUCUUCGUUGUAGACCUCCCUGUUUUGGCUUGCAAUAUUUGGCGCUUAUUCGGGCAAAAACUGGUCAAAUGGUUACUGCGUGAUUUGUUCCCAAGGUUUGAAACAUUCAGUGAAACUUUUUAAGACUUUGCAUGUGGUUUUUUUUUUCUUUGUUUGUUUGUUUGUUUUUUAAGAACCUGUUUGCGAAUAAUGUCUUUUUAUACCAGGAAAUAGUUCUCCUGAGUGAUAUUGAAAACCUCCCCUUUAUUCGUUUUUUAAAAUGAAUACAUGUUAAAGUAAUGA